AUGUCGGCAGAAGGCAGUGCCCUGGUGGACACUAUGGAGAGCCUAUUUGCCAAUACAGAGGCCCGCAUCAUCAUGGCUUACAAGAUCCGUAAGUCGUGGCCCUUAAAACAACUGUCAAGGGUGGAGGCAUUUCCCUCAUCUCGUCCAGACGGCCGGCCCCUCGCUGUGGAGCUCUGGUUUGUCAGCAAUGCAUUCAGCAGCGAGGCCAAGCUUGCAUGCGAGGCCCACACUCCUGGGGAACUCUUGGACCUGCUGGGGACUUUGUACUUGUUUUGCAAAAAGCAUGAGGGGAGGACGCCCACCAUUGUGGGCUAUGACCUGUCCGAGCUGGAGCACUGGGGAGUCUCCCAGGCUGAGCGAGAUGCUUUGGAAGGUGUGGGUGCUUUUGGGGCGGUGCUGUUGGGAGAUGAGGAGCAGGGGGAGGAAGAGGGGGGCUUUGGAGCGUCCAAGGCUGGCCCUGGGGGCUCCCUGGUGAGUGCUAAGGAGGAGCGCGACCUGGCAGCACUGCUGGACCUCUUUGCCCUGGGCGUGGGCGACGUGGAAGAGUUCCAGGACCGCCUGCAGGCCGAGCUGGCCGCCCUAGAGGCGGCCAACGUGCAUGCGGUGCUGGAGGGCGGUCCUAUGGUGGCCUCGGUGCUGCAGAGGGCCGGCGAAGCCGCGAGCUCCGUGGACGACCUUGCGGAGUCCCUGGCCAUCUUUGACCUCAAGCUGCGCCACAUGCGCGAGGUGACUCAGUGCAACGUCACCCUCCCACACCAAGACAUAGCGGCGAUCGAGGCGCGCAACAACCGGCUGGAGCGGCAGGCACGGCACAACAACGCCCUGCUGGAGGCACUGGAGCAUCUGCUGGACCGCCUGGUUCUGCCGCAGCACACAGAAGAAGUCCUCGCCUCCAACAACUUCUCCUAUGCCAUGCUGCCUGCGCUGGCGGAGGCGGGCUGGGAUGUGUGGGAGCGGCUGGCGGCGCUGGAACCUGCGGACGGCAAACGCGACGGCGGCCACGUCGCCGGGCAGCUGGAACCCGGCCUCGCUGGCAUGACGGCCGUCGUCGAGCAGCGCCAACGCCUGCAGACGCUGUCGCGCAUCUGGGUGGAGAGGGCGGCGCGCUUCGUUACUGAUGAGCUGACGCGGCUGGCGGACGGCGCAAGCUCGCACACCGGCUCGGCGCACAGCGCGGCGCGACUGCAGACGCCCGACCACUCCGCCUUCCACGAGCGCGCCGAAGCCCUGGCGCCCCUGCUGCAGGUGGUGCAGGCGAUGCGGCCAAGUGCGCUGCCGCCGCUGGCGGACAGGUACUGCACGGCCAUCAACGCUCUGCUCCGGCGCGAGCUGCACGCGUACACCAGCGAGCUCAGGCGCAUGGCAGUCGCGCGCAUGGCCACCGCCCCUCCCGAGCCCGACAUCCUCAAAGGCUUUAAGAAGGAAGCGGGGGAGAACAGGCUACACAGGCUGGCCAGCUCGAGCCAGUACGAUGGCAGCGGCCAGAGCGUCAGCGCUGGGGACAUGAUGCCGCACACGGCGCUGCAGCACUGCCUCAACGAGUGGGUGCCCAUGCUCGUGGACGAGUGUGACUUUGCAGCCGCGUUCUUGCUGCUCUACCGCCCCAACGAGGAGGCCGCGACAGCUGCAGGUACUAGCCUGGCGGAUGCGGGGGUGGGUGAAGGGCAGGGGGAGGAGAUGGAUGGCGAGGAGGUGCAUCCCCCGGCAGUCCUCACAGCUGAGGGCGUGCGCCAGCUGGGGGCGCUCAUGGACGGCAUCGAGCAUGAUGUCCUGGCCAUGUUGGACCUGGUGUCGAAGCAGCACCAGCUGCUGUGCAUUCCCAUGAUGGCCGAGGUGCUGGGCUGGCGUGAGCGCGUCGCCGCGGAGCCGGUGGCAGAACCUCUCGCCCACAUCCUGGACGUCUGCUCCGAGCGGCUGCUCGCGCUCUUUGAGCGAUACAUUCAUGACUGCGUGCUGGCGAUAACAAGGUACGAUGGGCGCAACGCCAUGAGCAUGCAGGACACGGUGAAGAGCCAGCACAUCCUGCCCUUCUUCCCCAACUUUGUCCUGCUUGCCACGCGCCUGGACAAUCUCCUGGCCGGCACGCAGGGCCACUCCCCAGUGGCGGGUGGGGAUGGCGGGGGCCACGACAUGGCGGGGCGGGUGAUGAGCGGCAGCGCGAGCACGGAGAGCAUGGCGCGGCUGGAGCAGCUGCGCUAUGACAGCUACGCGGGGCGCGCCGGCUGGGAACCCGGCCGCCAGAGCGCCGACGGCGGCGGCGGCAGCCUGGACGACAUAGACUACAUGAGCGAGGAGGAGGAGGGCGCUGACGAGGCGGACCUGAGCGCCGACGAGCUUGGCUCCGGCUCCGACAGCCUGCGCCCCAGCUACCGAGGCGGCAGGCGCGCACACACGCAGCAGCCGACGGAGUCGCUGGUGAGGCGGCUGGAGAUGGUGGAGUCGCUGGGGGCACCCAGCAGCGGCCGCGCCUGGAGCGAGCGCGCCGGCAGCCGCGGGGGAUCCCCCUCCCGGUCCCCUACGCGCAACCCCAGCGCACUCAGCCCCUCCGCGGCGGCGCUGGGUCCCGGCUCCUUUGGGGACGGCGGCAUCCCCGACCGCAUGCCCUCCGCCGACGAGCUCACCUCCGUCAGGCAAGUUGUGGAUGCAACGUACGCGGUGCUGGUGCGUGCAAUGUUCACGCAGCUGGAGCGCACGGCGGGGCCCGACGUCAAGCACGGCGACCGCCUGCGCCUCGAAAACUACAGCCUCCUGGAAAACGAGCUCAAACCGCUGGCGUCCAGGAAUCCCGUGCUGGCCUUUUUCGUGGCGGCAGCGGGUGCGGCCAAGGAGAGCGCGAUGCUCAUCUACGUGCAGCAGCAGCUGGAGUAUGCCAAGCUCUGGAAGCUCUUCGAGUUCUCUCAGAGGGUGGAUGCUCUGCUGGAGGCGGUGGAGGUGGAGGAGGUGGCGUUCCAGGCUGGCUGCCAGGCUGGCGAGCUGCGCGCAAUCAUCACCUCCGCGCUGGCCAGCCCUCAGCGCAAGCUGGCCGCCAUGCACUCGCGCAUCAAGAAGCACCUGGGCGCCACCGCGCCAAAGCUGGCCGCGCAGGUGUGGCAGCGGCUGCAGACGGAGAUGCUGAGGCGGUAUGUGCAGCUCGAGGAGCAGAUGGCGCUGUGCUACCCCUCCAUGCAGCUGACGCCCUCGCCCCAGGAACUCGAGGAGCUCUGCAAGAGCGUUGCAGCAUCCUGA